AUGUCUGCUGCCAGCGUCUACAGUACUUCUUGGAUCAUGGACUAUGCCUCAGUGGACCUCGGGUGGUCACUGGCAGGCCUCAAAAUGUUCACUGAGCUGGAAGAGCUGAUCGUCGACAACAAUCUGCUUGGAAAUGACCUCCAGUUGCCCAGGUUACCCAACCUCCACACCCUGACGCUCAACAAGAACCACCUGACUGAUAUCGAGGCCUUGCUGGAACACUUGGCUGAUGUGACCCCAUCACUCGAGUACCUAAGCCUGCUGGGAAACGAGGCCUGUCCUAACCAGCUGGUCAGCCCGGAUAAGGACGAGGACGACUACCAGCGAUACAGGUACUUUGUUCUGUACAAGUUGCCACAACUGAAGUUUCUGGACACCAGGAAAGUAACCAAAAGAGAAGGGAUGGAGGCACAGGAAAGGGGCGCAUUCAUGAAAGUGGUCAAGCCUAAGCCGGAAGCUUCACUUAAUGAGGCUGGAUCAGAGAGCCAUCCACUGCCCUAUUCGCCUCUACCGCGAGGAUCCAGAGAUCCCAUGACCCACAAAGGAGUGUUCGCCAAGUGUCGCUACAUCUACUAUGGCAAGCACUCAGAGGGCAACAGAUUCAUCAGAAACGAUCAGCUCUGAUGGACAGCCGCUCAACCGUAGACUAAGAGACGGACAUGGAAGGCAGCAGAUGCUAACAGAAGGACGGGAGGAUCAAGUCAGUCUUAUUUAUUGAAUCCAGUGGUGAUAUUUGGUUCACCUGAUCACCUGAUCUGGAAAAGAAAAGAUUUAAAUUCCUGGAAAAUAUGUUCCUAUAUAAAAGGAAGGUUUCCUUUAAAAAAAAAAAUUCUUGUGUUUUUAAAGAUCAUAUUGCAGCCCCAUAGUUAGAGCCUCUUUUGCUUCUGCUUCCCUGCAUGCAGCUCAGCCGGAGAUGACACUCUGAAUGACAUGAUUGCCUCUAAGCAUUUGCAACUGCAAAACUCGAGACUCAAAACACAAAUACAAGAGCACAAGCCUCUCUCUCUCUCACACACACA